UUUAAUGUAAUGGAGCCCCUGUGGCGCUAUUUUCAACCAUCCCACAAGAGAGGGGGGGGGGGUAUUAAACUGAAGUGCUUUAUAAAAGAGAUGGGGGGGGGCUUAUUAAAUGAGAAGUUUUAAUACAAAAUAUACGAUAUAUUUUGAUUGCCCUAGUAAUCAAUCAAUUUUCAGAUUGGUCUCUAUGGCAUUGUACUUCACGAAUCAAGAUCAACCUUUCAAAUGAUUACUAAACGUGAUCGUGUUAUUGUCAUCCCUAAAGAGGACACCACUUUUCAAUUUGUUGUAGCUAACAAAGUUUUUACUUUGUUUGGAAGUGCGUUGAAGCAAAGAAGUCAUUUACGUGGGAAAAAGGCAAAAAUGCCCAAAACUAUUCCUUAUUUGCUUGAUUAA